AUGGAAGCCGCAAUUAAAAAACAACGGGCGACCGCGGGCUACAUUGAGCGCUUCUGGGACAACUUGAUCAAAGCCGGAAGGGACAAAAUGACUCGUGCGUACAUGACUGCUCGCCUUGAGCUCCUGGAGUCUUAUUGGGUAAAAUUCUUUGAUGCACAUGAUUCCCUGGUAAUAUGCGACAAAAUAGAUCAAACGGAUUAUAUGAAGGAGGACGUCUAUGGACUAAUUGAAGAGCACUAUCUUUCAACGAAGUCCCGCAUCAUGGCUUACCUUCAGACUACUAAGUCUAUGGAGACGACGUCGACAAAUGCGGAUGCCGGUUCCGUCCUUCGCCAGAUCCAGUUACCGAAAAUCAAUUUGCCUACGUUCGACGGAGACCCACUGGCCUGGGAAGGGUUUCGGGAUCUCUUCAAGUCUCUAGUGCAUGAAGUGGACGGCCUCGCGCCAAUUCAGAAGUUGCAAUAUCUUAAGGCUAGUCUUGCGGGAGAGGCCGCCGCAGUAGUUUCAAGCAUUGAAAUGUCAGCUGAAGGCUAUGCCCUGGCGUGGGACGAACUGGUCUCGCGUUUUGAUAAUCGAAGAAUGCUCUUAACGACUCACAUGCGAGAGCUCCUACUUAGCGCGCCAAUUGUCAAACAGUCCUCCCAAGAGAUCAAUAGAUUGAUCAGCACGGCGAACCAGUCAUCACGCUCUUUCCGGGCCCUGGGAAGACCGGUGGAACAUUGGGAUGACUGGUUUGUUCACAUUAUAGUCGGCAAAUUAGAUUCAUCAACGCGCCUCCUGUGGGAAUCGUCACAGGAGUCGAGUUCGGACUUUCCAUCCUUCACCGAGCUGAAAACCUUUCUCCUUACCCGAGCUCGCGCUCUGGAAGCGGCUCACCCGCGUUCAACAGCGAUAACAAGCGAAACAAAGGGAGGCAAGCGCAACAGACGAAAAACCGAUGUAUCGUCACAUUCCUCCAGCACUAGAGAGGGAUCUCAGUGUCCACUCUGCAAGGCACGCCAUCCGCUCCGAUCGUGUGACAAGUUUAAAACCUUCUCCGUAGAACAACGUCGAGAACAAGCGAGGAGGAAUAAAGCCUGCUUUAACUGCCUAGGCCACAACCACGCAGCAGCGGCCUGUCCGUCUAUCAACCGAUGCCGGCACUGCCGGGAGAAGCAUCACUCACUCCUGCACAUCGGGGUAAUACAAUCAGCCGCUCCAACGAUACCUCAAGACUCAAAUGCGGCCAUCACCUCAUUAGAAAAGUCCGUACAUCAAGCUGAUGCGACGGCAGUAUCCGCAUUGUCAAGCACUACGAAUAACACGGUUCUUCUUGCGACCGCCAUGAUAAAACUGAUCUCGUAUUCGGGUCGUACGGUUAAGGUGCGAGCAUUGUUAGAUUCCGGGUCUGAAGCCUCGUUUGUCUCAGAACGCGUCGCCCAACAGCUCCAACUACGCCGCCGGAGAGUGAACGUGACUGUCUCCGGCCUGCAGGGGGUAACAACAGGGAGAGUGACUCAUGCCGUAUCUCUCAUGAUCGGAAGCGAACUGUCCUCGACCCUACGAAUCGCUAUACCUACUGCUUUAGUCAUGUCCAAACUUACUCCAUUUACUCCUGGCAAACAGGUUCACAAGGGGCAUUGGCCUCACCUAUGUGGCAUCCAGCUGGCAGACCCAAACUACGACAAACCAGCCUCGGUAGACGCGGUGCUCGGAGCCGACGUUUACGGAAUGCUAAUCGAGAGUGGAGUUAAACACGGACAACCCGGAGAGCCGUAUGCUCACUCUACCGUCUUUGGCUGGAUAUUGAUGGGCGCAAUUGGACAUACGAACUAUCCUCCCGGAAUUGACAUCGCAAGUCACCAUGUAACCCUUGAACAGGAUCUACGACACCAACUACAGCGGUUUUGGGAGCUAGAAGAGGUGUCUGGGGAUUGCCCACUCACCCCGGACGAAGCUUAUUGUGAGAGGCUGUUCGCAACGACCCACACUCGUGACACAGAUGGACGUUAUGUCGUUCGCCUACCCCGUAAGCAAGAACCCGCGUUAGAACUCGGAGAUUUAAGGUGCGGAGCACUGCGUUUACUCUUAGCAGCCGAGAGUCGACUACGGAGAAACCCUUCGCUCUACCAGUCAUACGUCGAGUUCUUGAACGAUUAUUCUGAACUCGGUCACAUGGAACCGGUGCCAGAAGCAGAAAUUAAGGGCAACGGUUCAUACUACCUGCCACAUCAUGCAGUGGUUAAGACAGCUGAUCCAAGCGGAAAAAUCCGGGUAGUUUUUAACGCCUCUUUUCGAACGAGCACAGGAGCAUCUCUGAAUGAUCUCCUGCUGCCCGGCCCAAAACUUCAAGCGGAACUUUGGUUAAUACUAACAAGAUGGCGGUUAUUUCAAGUUGCCUUCACCACGGACAUUGUCAAAAUGUUUAGACAAGUUCGGAUUAGUCGAGAGGAUGCCGAUCUUCAGAGGAUAGUAUGGCGGGCGGACGCCGAGUCAGAGGUUCGAGACUUUAGACUCGUCACCGUCACCUACGGUACGACACCGGCUCCGUAUUUGGCAAUCAGAACCUUGCUCCAAUUGGCUGAAGAUGAAGAGUCCCGGUUCCCUCAAGGAGCAUCAGCAAUCCGCAACCACACUUACGUAGAUGACAUACUAGCUGGCGCCAACACUCUUGCAGACGUCCUGGAACUUAAACUUCAACUGGAAGGCCUACUCCAAGCAGGAGGGCUCCAUCUAAGUAAAUGGGCCGCUACUCAAGCAACGCUUUGUCCUGAUGGGGAUCAGGGGCAACGAUUUAUUGCAACUAACGACAACGUGGGUGCCCUAGGCAUCCUUUGGACCCCUACCAAGGACACACUUGGCCUAAAAGCGGUCCCGUCAUUUGAUGUGACGACACAACCAACAAAACGCUCCAUACUUUUUUUCGUGGCUAAGCUAUUUGAUCCCGCAGGCUGGGCGGCUCCUGUAAUAGUAGCAGCCAAAAUAUUAAUACAAGAUCUCUGGAUGGCGGGUUUAAACUGGGACCAAGAAUUGCCCCCGGAGUUACAGACUCGUUGGUUGAAAUACAUUACCAGCUUACCUGAACUGAAUCUAUUACAGAUACCUCGGUGGACCGGUAUUCGCACGCCAAUGGAACUUCAUGCCUUCUCAGACGCCUCUGAAAGAACCUAUGCCGCUGCGAUUUACCUGCGAGGACUCGGGUCGCACGGGGACAUUGAAGUGUCUCUCCUGCUUGCUAAGACCAAGAUCACUCCGAUUAAGGGGUUAGGCCACUGUAGAAAUUUCAAAAAAUCGUUUUUUUUUUUUGCUUAA